AUGCCUGGAGAACCAUUUCCUCUUUUAGAACAGGUUCUGUUCCAUCACCACGAGCCAUUUCCUCUUUUAGAACAGGUUCUGUUCCAUCACCACGAGCCAUUUCCUCUUUUAGAACAGGUUCUGUUCCAUCACCACGAGCCAUUUCCUCUUUUAGAACAGGUUCUGUUCCAUCACCACCAGCCAUUUCCUCUUUUAGAACAGGUUCUGUUCCAUCACCACCAGCCGUUUCCUCUUUUAGAACAGGUUCUGUUCCAUCACCACGAGCCAUUUCCUCUUUUAGAACAGGUUCUGUUCCAUCACCACCAGCCAUUUCCUCUUUUAGAACAGGUUCUGUUCCAUCACCACGAGCCAUUUCCUCUUUUAGAACAGGUUCUGUUCCAUCACCACUACCCAUUUCCUCUUUUAGAACAGGUUCUGUUCCAUCACCACGAGCCAUUUCCUCUUUUAGAACAGGUUCUGUUCCAUCACCACGAGCCAUUUCCUCUUUUAGAACAGGUUCUGUUCCAUCACCACGAGCCAUUUCCUCUUUUAGAACAGGUUCUGUUCCAUCACCACGAGCCAUUUCCUCUUUUAGAACAGGUUCUGUUCCAUCACCACGAGCCAUUUCCUCUUUUAGAACAGGUUCUGUUCCAUCACCACGAGCCAUUUCCUCUUUUAGAACAGGUUCUGUUCCAUCACCACCAGCCGUUUCCUCUUUUAGAACAGGUUCUGUUCCAUCACCACCAGCCGUUUCCUCUUUUAGAACAGGUUCUGUUCCAUCACCACCAGCCGUUUUCUCUUUUAGAACAGGUUCUGUUCCAGCAUCUGUAUCCCUCUUUUGUUCUCUUCUACCACUGCACUCUGUUCCAGUCCAGAGCACCCAAUGGCCUUGCACGUGUCAAAUCCCUUGUCCAAUAUCGUCCCAGAGAACCAUCUCCUUCAUCCAGGCCCACCACAAGACGUUAG